AUGGUGGAAGGUACUGCAGUUCGGGAUCAUGUCCUGAAGAUGAUUUCUUACAUCGACGAACUAGAGACUUUGGGUGCAAAUAUAGAUGGUGAGACCAAGGUAGAUGCAAUCCUUUCAUCUCUAUCUGAAAAUUAUAACCAGUUCAUACUUAAUUACAAUAUGAACAAGAUGAGUUCGACUCUGUCUGAGCUGCUCAACAUGUUGCAAGCAGCAGAGGAUCUGAUUAAGAAAGAGAAAGGUUUUCUUAUGUUAUUUGCUAAAUUAGUAUCCUCCUCUGGAACCAAGCCAUUUCAUCCUAAGGGCAGGAGGUUCAACAACAAGAGGAAGUGGUCUCAGAAGUCUCAAGUUGGUCCUCCAGCCAGGGAGACUAAGGAAUAG